AUGGCUACCUCCGGUCCCGAACAAAGACUUGCUCAGCUUGAAGGCACAGGCUCUGGAUACUCAAAGACUUCCCGGCGACAAUACCAGAGUUGUGACCAGUGCCGUAAAAGCAGAAGAGCGUGCGAUGCAGCCACUCUUCGUGUAGCCAACUUUCCCCUUGGAUAUGACCAGAAUUUGGGACCAUCAGAAUACUUGACCGAUGCUUGCUCCAAUUGUGCAAGGACAAGCAAGAAAUGCACCUUCGACUGGCUCCGCACACUCCCCAAGCAGUCCUUACCGAAAGGCAUCAAACGGAAACUGGGAAUAAAUGAGCCGCUUCACUCCGCUGUCGCUGCCCAGCCGACCGCCAUCUCCAACGCAGAAUAUCAUUCGCACUAUAAUAAUAGCUCAUUCGUGGGGAACGGAAUACCAAACCCAGCCCCGUCUCAUUCAUCAACGGACACAACCCACGAUUCCGAUAAUGCUUCUCAUGAACCCAACAGUAUCCGACACCCCGGCCUGGCUGCAAAUGGUUACUCUAAACCCCUUAAUCGCCGCGGACCGGGAGAUACCUCUACAAAAGUUCUUGGCAAGGCCCUCCAAGGCUUUCAUGAAGGACAACACCAUCAUAACAAUGCUGAAUUUCUUGUUCUGACGCGUUACGACACUUCGUCGUCUUCAUCCUCCACAGCUUGUGACUCCGCAACAAAUAUACACGAUGAGACCAGCCUUCACAAUCGACCCAGUGUGGCUCCCGCAACCUCGGAGUCUGAGCAUGAGAACCAGCGCUCGCAACCUCCAGCUAAAUUCGCAAGACUUGCCUCCAGUGGCAACGAAAGUACUAGAUCGGAUUCUUCCGGCAACUCUCAUGCGCGACGAGGAUCCAGCAAUGGGACAUCGUUCUCGAUUAAUCGACGACAACUUUCAGCCCCUCUUUCUCCACGCCAAGUUCGCUUUGCUGACAAUGCUAUGAAAUCAAUGAUAGCCACCGGAUUACUGCGCAUAUAUCAUGAUUCAUUUGAGACAUCUUUGUCGUGCUGGGUUACAGAAAAGAACUGUCCUUAUGAGACUGAACUUUCCGACCUUAUACGACAAACUAGCCCGUCUUCGGUGGCGGAGGAAGCUGCAAUCCGGCUUUCUGAUAACCGCAUAUUCUCACGUGUAUCUCGCCUCGAUUCAGCAUUCUCUCCUCUUAGAGGCCGCCCAUUGACUGCCUACGAAAAUCGAGCUGCAUCACAAGCUCUCAAUGCGGCGAUUAUGGCUUUCGCAAGUCAAUGGUCUCACAGUUCACAUAAUGCGUUCUGGAGAAGUAAAGAAGGCAGAUCCCAUAUCAACGCUUGGCAAGCAAAAUCGAGAGAUGGACGACCCUUGAAAUCACACGUUGAAGACCCAAUCAUUUCUGGUGAGUGCGAGAGGAUGAUACAAAGAACUCUUUGGAAUGAAGCCAAAGCCGCCAUCCAAUCCAGUGGUGAAAUAGAUUCCUUCAAAGUCAUCCUCGCAUAUAUGAUAUUCGCCCUCACCCAGAGGCCAGUGGACCCAAAACCUGUGCAAGAAAGAACACCCCAAAAGCCGAGGACCGAGAGUACAUCGAACUCCAACCGCAGCUGGCCCGAUUUGGACGAUACCAUGUCCAUGGACUCUACGAUGGAUGAAGAAUGGAACCCCUUUCAUGCAAGCGACCUUGAGGCCUUGGCAUCCCCCCCGAUUUAUUUGGAAACCGCAGUACGAAACUUGUUCUCGUGGAGGCGUAAGGUCGAGAAAUAUCGGAGGAUAGAAUCCAAAGCACGAGCGAAGAGUUCGUCAAUUCCUACUAUGAGGGCCAUCUCCUUAAAGGACCAACAGACUUUCAACAUUCUCUUCUGGCUGGGUGUGAUGUGUGACACCACCUCCUCAGCCAUCAGUAGACGACCUCUGGUCAUCCCCGACGAAGACUGCGCUAUGAUAUACGAAGGCAUGAAUGCCUUGAACAUUGAUGAUGAUCCUAACGGACUCGAUUGGCAGCGCAAAGGGCAGCCAGAAGCACAAAGUGAGGCAGCACAAGGAGCUCUCUGGGGUUCUUAUCUGCUCGGUUUCAAAUAUGCUGGACCACGCGCGACGCCGCCCAGAUGGCCGUGCAGUUUUGAAGAAGCGGCGUUAAUUCUCCAAGAGGCCAUCCCGGUCAAGGUGUUAAUGUUCCGAAAAGUCGGUCAGCUCCAGACAUUUGCGUUUCGCCGGACCGCCCCGAGGAUUUUGGAGAAAUGCAUCGAGGAAGCCCUGGCCGUCUACCAACAAUGGAACUCGACCUACGGGCAAUUCAUGAUCGACUGUGUCACGGCACACAACGAGCUACCUCCACACGUCCAGUCAUGGUACGUCAUUCUCGACGGCCAUUGGCACUACGGUUGCCUCCUCCUGGCCGACGCGAUUGCAUCCAUCGACAGGGAAGAAAAGACGAUGAAGCCACAGCGCGACCUGCGCUCGCGCUGCGGGCUGAUAGUGGAGCUGCGACGGAACAACGCACUCGCCAUCGCCAGGAUCGCCGAGGCAUCGCUGUCGGAGCACGCACCCUCCUUCCCCGACAAUUCCGAAUUCCACUUUGCUUGCAACGGCAGCGCCAUCCUCACCGAGCCAUGGACCGACAUUCUCGUGCGCGCCAUGGGCUCCGCCUGCAAGAUCUUCAUUAACUGGAUGUCGACCUGGGAUCAGCCCAGCGACCCCGUGCACCACUGGGUCGUCAACCACACCAGCUACGAUGAACUCCUGGUGCAGGCCGACAUGUGCAUCCAAGGCAUGUCGUUGCUGGGUCGUAAAUCCGACGCCGCCAAUUUCACCGCCUCGAUCUUCAUCGAGCGCUUACAACGCGUCAACUCUGCUCAUCGCAGCGGCUCAACCGAACGCGAUGGGUCUGCCUCGUCCUCUUCCUCCACGGAAGUCGUCGCGCCGCCGCCAGCGCAACGCGACUCGACAUAUCGCAACGGCAUUCGGCCACACACUAUUAAGGUCUGA